UAUAACCACAAAGAAAACUGAACAUUUCUUACACUAGUUGUGUAUAUGGUUUUUCAUUCCAUUUUUAUCUCUCUGAUAUUACAGCAGUUGCAUCUGAGACACAUAACUCUUCCCCACCUUUCCCUCUUUCAAUCCUCCUCCUCUCGUCCUCCACGCCCUUAAACUCGCCCCUGUCCUCCGUUCCCUCUCUGACUCGUUCUCUGUGCCUCUUUGAGAAGAAGGAUGUGGGGUGAUUUGUGCAUGUGGCACUUGGGGCUUCUGAUUUUGGGGUUCAGAUGGGUGCAAGGACAAAGCCAGACCAACUUCACAAGGCCUGUAUUCCUGUGUGGUGGUCAUUUGGUGACAGACUCAGGGUUUGUGGCCAGUGAGGGUUUCCCCUCUCAUUAUAAACCAAACUCCAAAUGCACCUGGUACAUCACAGUUCCAGAAGGUCAUGUUGUGAUGCUCCAGUUCAGGAUCUUUGAUCUAGAGGCGGAUCCCACCUGCCGCUACGACUACGUGGAUGUCUAUAAUGGACACUCGUACACAGUGCAGAAACUGGGCCGCUUCUGUGGGACGUUCCGACCCGGAGCCCUCAUCUCCACCUCCAACACCAUGAUGCUGGAGAUGGCGUCUGAUGGCAGCACAGGGGGAAGGGGAUUUCUGGCUUAUUUUAGUGGCGGGAAACCACAUGUCGAUGAGAAUCAGUUCUGUGGUGGCAGACUGACGAAGCCUCAAGGUUCAGUGAAGACACCGAACUGGCCAGAAUCUGAUUACCCAGCAGGCAUCAGCUGCUCUUGGCACAUAUCUGUGGAGCCCAACAUGGUGAUUGAGGUUAAGUUUGAGAAGCUGGACUUGGAAUUAGACACAUACUGUCGUUAUGACUACGUGGCCCUGUUCAACGGGGGCGAGACCGACGACUCUCGACGUAUUGGCAGAUUCUGCGGAGACAUGGUUCCAGAUGCGGUUGUGACCAAUGGAAACCAGCUUCUGGUGCACUUUGUAUCAGAUCUGAGUGUGACAGCUGCAGGCUUUAUGGCUCACUACCGGAGUGUUCCCCGCGGCUCCCGCACAGCCACUGCUACCCUGGACACAGUACACGGGCCAAGAGUCAACACUUCACCUUCUAAACCCACAGCUCCAUCAGCAAGACCCAAGCCUACACCAUCCAGACCAACUCCCAAGCCAAGAUCAAAACCUACACCCAAGCCCAAAACUGUCACAAGAUCUGGUGCAAGAAUCACACCAAAACCUGCUGUAAAAGUGCCGACAAAGAGGCCUACACCUAAACCCACAGUUAGACCUCAACCGAAACCAACAAGAACUACAGCAAAGCCAAAAGUAAAGCCUGGUGUCAAACCAACAACAAAGCCAAAGACCAGUCCCAUCUCAAAACCUGGGAACAAAACUACAACAAAAGCAGUGAGCAACCGACAGUGUUCUCUACCAUGCAAGAGAAUAGGCACACUCGUGACCCGCUUCUGCCCAAGUCAAUUUGUAUUGACUGGUAAAGUGACAUCACUCACCCCUGGAUCUCAAGGAAGUGCUGAAGCUGAGGUGUCCAUUAUUAAGGUCUAUAAGGCAGGUAGACUUCAAUUCAGAAAGAGAGGGCCCACCAGGUCUGCCACACUGACCGUAACAUGCAUGAAGUGUCCAGCACUGCGUAAAGGAGUGAACUAUGUGCUGAUGGGCCAGGUGAAUGGCGAAGGUGUUGGCAUUCUGACACCAUCCAGCUUUGCUCUUCAGUAUAAGUCAGUGCAUGACAAAGAACUGGCCAGCCUCGCAAAGAAAACAUGUUGACCUCACAAGCUCACUGACCAAUCACAAUGGAGGAAACAAGCUGAAUCCCACCUACUCUGAUCUACCUUAAUCAUAACCUUGUCAGGCAGGGAAAGUUCAAGUCAAAUAAACUAAAUCCUUAAUUAUGAAUUGCAUCUUUAUAUACAACUAGAGGAACAAUAUAUGAGCAAACAGUAAAUAUUCUAAUACUAAGAGAACAGAAGAUUCAAAAAGCUGUGGUAUGUUAUGCAUCACGCCAGAACCUUUCAGACAUAUUCAGGGUAUAAAGUACAGGGUGAUUUGCCAUUUUAUGUUUAUUGUGCAUCAUUAGGUCUGUUUAAUGCAUUAUAUAAACAUUUUGAUAUGGCACAAUGUAUUCAUUAUAAAUUAUAAAGCUCAUUUUAUUAAA